AUGAAGAAUGGAGAAUCAAUUAAUGACUAUUUUGCUCGAACUCUCCCUAUUGUAAAUAAGAUGCGAAUGUACGGUGAACAAAUGUCGGAUCUUACUGUUGUCGAAAAGAUUCUUCGCUCAAUGACCUCCAGGUAUGAUUAUGUAGUGUGUUCUAUCGAAGAAUCUCAUGUUUUGGAUUCCAUGACUGUAGAUGAACUCCAAAGCAGUUUGUUGGUACACGAACAACGAAUGAAUGGGCACAAUUCACAUGAAGAGCAAGUGUUGAAAGUAACUCGAGAUGAGACAAAUACUGGUCGUGGCCGUGAAAGAGGUGGCUUUCGGAGUGGAUUUGCUCGAGGAAGAGGCAGAUGA